UCAUUUUCUUAAAAGGUGUUGUUUUACAGGGUCUCUAAUCCUGAAACUUCAUACCCACCACUCACUAAAUUCUGUCCUUCUGGUUUCGGAAAGAUGUCAUCUAACAAGAGAUUUUCGCUCCCCGACCACUCAUAUAAAUAAUGCCCUCAGUCACUGUGGACCUCCUUGCCUUGAAUUGUAUGUCUUCAGGGUGCACAUCACUCCCUCAUGUGGUGCUCUAAGGUCACAGAUCUGAGAGCUGUCUUCUCUCCCAUGAGAACAUAAGCUCUGUGAAGGCAGGGCUUCAUCUGUUCAGUUCGCUGCAUUAUCCCCCACGCUGAGAAUAACACCGGCAUAAAAUAGGGCAGGAAAUCUGUUGAUUGGAUCGUUAUGAGCCGUUUAGAGCAGUCAGUGGAUUUGUUCUUUUAAAACAAUUGAUGCAUAGGGAAUUCCCUGGAAGUCCAGUGCUUAAGACUUGGUGCUUUCACUGCCGUCUGUGGGUCCAGGUUCGAUCCCUGAUCGGGGAACUAUGAUCCCACAAGCCCCGUGGCAAAGCCCUAAAAAAAAAGGGCUUCCCUGGUGGCGCAGUGGUUAAGAAUCCACCUGCCAAUGCAGGGGCCACAGGUUCGAGCCCUGGUCUGGGAGGACCCAACAUGCCGUGGAGCAACUAUGCCUGUGCGCCACAACUACUGAGCUUGUGCUCUAGAGCCUGAGAGCCACAACUACUGAACCCACGUGCCACAACUACUGAAGCCUGGCGCGCCUAGAGCCCUUGCUCCACAACAAGAGAAGCCACCGCAAUGAGAAGCUUGUGCACUGCAACGAAGAGUAGCCCCCGCUCUCUGCAACUAGAGAAAGCCCGUGUGCAGCAAUGAAGACCCAAUGCAGCCAAAAAUAAAAAAAACAUAGUUGGCAUGGCAUGUGAUAUUUUGUAAGAUUAAGGUGUAUAAUGUGUUGAUUUGAUACAUUUAUAUAUUGUAAUGUGAUUAGCUAACACCUCUAUUAAUGUUACAUAUUUCUUUUUUUGUGGUGGUGGGAGUAAUUAUGAUCCAGUCUCUUAGCAAGUUUGAUAUUUCUCUCUCUUUUUUUUCCUUGACCAUACCGCAUGGCAUGCGGGAUCCCCUACCAGGAAUCAAACCUGAGCCCCCUGCACUGGGAGGGUGGAGUCUUACCCACUGGACCACUAGCGAAGUCCCAAGUUUGAUGUUUCUAAUACGGUUUUGUUGUCUACAAUCUCUAUAUCGUGUAUUAGAUCUCCAGGACUUAUUUAUCUACUGGUUGCAAGAAAGCACAUUUUCUUUUUAGAAAGUUUCCAGAAACUGAUAAAGGUGGGUCAUGAGAGAGUCAUCCACAGAAGUUUCUAGGGUAGCUAAAGCAAUUCAAGUCACUUCACUAUGCGGGACUGGUUUUAGGGCCAGUUUGUGAGAUAUGCUGGUUACUCUUAUCUUGUAGUCCUUAGCCCUGAAAUGUCUACUGCUGGUAGUGAAUUCCUUAAGCCCAUAUGUAAUAUGACACAUUACCAUGGUAAUUCAUUAUCUCUCUUUUUCCUCUCUCAGAUGAAGAUGGAACAGUAGCCUGUAUGUCCUGUCUGCUUUGUCUGAAAACAAUGAUGACUUCAUCUGCUCCAUCUGUGAGAAAUGAAUGCCAGGGGAGUUAUCCUCAAUGCAUUUGAACGCUAUCGCCUAAAAACAUGCAUUGACUUCAAGCCUUGGUCUGGAGAACCCAACUAUAUAUCAGUGUUCAAGGGCAGUGGCUGCUGGUCUUCAGUGGGAAAUAGGCGCGUUGGGAAGCAAGAACUCUCCAUCGGAAAGGGCUGUGACAGAAUAGCAACAGUGCAACAUGAGUUUCUCCACGCACUGGGAUUCUGGCAUGAACAGUCUCGGUCUGAUCGGGAUGACUAUGUCAGCAUAAUUUGGGACAGAAUCCUUUCAGGCAAAAAGAACAAUUUUGAAUCCUAUGAUGACCGACAAACAGACUCCCUGAAUGUUCCCUAUGAUUACAGCUCAGUGAUGCACUAUAGUAAAACUGCAUUCCAGAAUGGAUCAGAACCAACAAUUGUGACAAGAAUCCCAGACUUCAUGGAUGUGAUCGGCCAACGAAUGGAUUUCAGUGACUCUGAUAUCUUAAAGCUGAAUCAACUGUAUAACUGCUCCUCUUCCUUGAGCUUUAUGGAGUCGUGCGAUUUUGAACUGGAAAAUGUGUGUGGUAUGAUUCAAAGUUCAGAAGAUAGUGCUGACUGGCAACGGGUCUCCCAGGUUCCCGAGGGGCCAGAGAGUGAUCACUCCAACAUGGGCCGGUGCAAAGGUUCUGGUUUCUUCAUGCAUUUCAACAGGAGCUCUGUAAAUGAGGGGGCCACAGCAAUGCUGGGAAGUAGAAUACUAUACCCUAAACGAGGAUUUCAGUGCUUGCAAUUUUUUUUAUAUAACAGUGGAAGUGAAUAUGACCAACUGAACAUCUAUGUCAGGGAAUAUUCUGCAGCCAGUGUGAACAGGACUCUGACCCUUGUGGAAGAAAUAAAAGAUGUACCCAUCGGGAGCUGGCAGCUUUACCACGUAACACUGAAAGUGACCAACAAAUUUAGAGUGGUAUUUGGAGGCGUCAGAGGCGCUGGUGCCUCACGGGGUGGCCUGUCUAUUGAUGACAUCAAUCUUUCAGAAACACAGUGCCCUCAUCAUGUCUGGCAUAUAAGGAACUUCACACAGCUCAUUGGCAGCCCCAGUGGAUCUGUCUACAGUCCUUCAUUUUAUUCUUCUAAAGGCUAUGCCUUUCAGAUUCGCUUGAAUCUAAGUAGUUUGCCUAAUGUAGGAAUGUAUUUCCACUUGAUCUCUGGAGCCAAUGAUGAUCAAUUAGAGUGGCCAUGUCCUUGGCAACAAGUCACGAUGACCAUCUUGGAUCAAAAUCCUGACAUUCGGCAGCGUAUGUCCAACAAGCGGAGUAUAACUACAGACCCAUUUAUGACCACCGGUAAUGGAGACUAUUUUUGGGACAGGCCUUCCAAAGUGGGAGUACAAGAUUUUUUCCCUAAUGGAACUCAGUUUCAAAGAGGUAGGGGCUAUGGAUACAGUGUCUUUAUGACCCAUGAGAGGCUGAAAAGCAGAGAUUUUAUGAAAGGAGAUGCUGUUUAUAUCCUCCUGACAGUGGAAGACAUAUCCCACCUUAAUACUACACAAAAUGAGCCAAUCCCGACCUUGGGCGUCAAUGACCUUUGCACAAACUUUAAAUGUGAGAAUGAUGGCGUUUGCAUUCUCCAUAAUGGCAAAGCUGAGUGCAGGUGUCCGUCAGGGGAAGACUGGUGGUACAUGGGAGAAAGGUGUGAAAAGAGAGGCUCAACUCGAGACACCAUUGUGAUUGCCGUGUCUUCCACUGUUGCUGUGUUUGCUGUGAUGCUGGUCAUCACCCUUGUCAGUGUCUACUGUACCAGGAAAAAGUAUCAUCAAGAGACAAGUUCAAAGACAGCAAAUAUGACUCUGGAAAAUCAACAUGCACUUUGAAGAUUAACUCAGCAAUACAGCCAACAAAUGAAAUGAAAAAUUCUUCAUGAUGGUUUCACCUACAAUGUAUUAUAACCACUUCACCUGCUACAGAUGGAUCUUCUCUGUACAUAGCUGGAUAUACUACAAAUCAUUAUUUUGGUAAAGGUCUAAUUGGUGAAAUGUUGCUUGUGUUUUUGUUUUUAAAGGAGGGGAGUAAGAAAAUAAAAAAUAAAAAUAGAUAAAGGUGGAGAAGAAAUUCAGGCUGUUCUGGAAGCAUAAUAUUGUCUAUAAGACGGAGAGCAAGAACUGGGGGUAGCUUUCUAAAUGACUGCCUUCUCUUUGAGGGCCAAGUGUGUUGGCCUCACAGGUGAUUCCCUAGAAACCCACUGGAAACACCCUAUGGGAAUGAUCUUCCAUGUGGAAUCUCAGCAUUUCCAUGCUGUCCUGUCCCGAUGUAGGGAGGGACAGAGGGCAGCUCCUUUCUCCCUGGGGACAUGUGCCCCCCACAGCUCUAAAACUGGCCACUCUCUUGUUUCCUUUAUUAUUAUUAUUAUUACUGACCAUGUUUACAGCUUGUGGGAUUUUAGUUUCCCGACCAGGAAUCAAAACCAGGACCUCAGCAGUGAGAGCGCAGAGUCCUAACCACUGGACCACCAGGGAAUUCCCUUUCUUGUUUUCUGACUUAAGCCCCACAGUAUGUGAGUCUGGUUUAGAAUCUAUUUGAACAUACAACUACAAUCAAUAAGAACACUUUAAACUCCUAGAACAGUUCUCAGAGUUUUGGGUUUCAGGAGCCUUUAUACUUUUAGAAAUUAUUGAGGGCCCCAAAGAGCUUUUGCAUAUGAAUAUUCCAUUUAUCAGUUCUUACCAUACUAGACAUUCAAAUGAGGAAAAUUGAAAACUAUAUCUUUGUUAAUCCUUGAAAAAUAACAAGCCCAUACGUGUUAACAUAAAUACUAUUUUCUUGAAAAAUAACUGUAUUUUCCAAAAUAAAAGAAAAUUUAGCAAAACGAGUGUGUGUUGUGUUACAUUUUUUGCAAAUCUCUAAUAUCUGGCUUAAUAGAAAACAGCUGAAUUCUUACAUAAGUGUCUGCAUUCAGUCUGUUGCAAUAUAUUAUUUUUGUAGAAGAAUAUAAAGCAGAUCUAAACUUACACAGAUAUGUAGUUGGAAAAAGGAGGCAUAUUUGAAUAGCUUUCCAAGUCAUUACGGAUAUUCGUUUUGAAUAUCCUUUGUUAAAAGUGGACAAAUGGUAAUUUCUUAAAUGUUAGAUACAAUUGGAAUCUGAAAACAUAUCAAUGAAUUUUGGUACUCCAUCCAGUAAAUCUAUUGGUCUAUCUCAUAUUUUGAAUGGAUUUUCAUCUAUGCAUGAUUUUGUCAUAUCGUGCAUUGAUUAUUUAGAAAAUAUUGGUUCACUGACUUAUGUAGCUCUUACAACUUUUGGUACAUUUCAUCACACAGUAUCAAAACAUAACAUUAAUGUCACCACUCAUCUCAUUAAAAAAGUCUUUUAAGUCUUGGAAGUUAAUGCUCAUGGUGUCAGAAACAAAUUUUCCAAAAUGCUAAUUUUUGCUUGAAAGCUUAAAGUUUAUCAUCGGCAAUAAGUACUGUCCUCCUUGUAUGACAGGUACAUGACUUCAUUGAACUUUUAAAAUUCAAGUUUUAUUUUGAGAUCAUUGUAGAUUUACAUGCAGUUGUUAGAAAUAAUACAGAGAUCCCUGUGUACCCUUCACUUAGUUUCCCUCUACGGUGACAACUUGCAAAACUUUAGUGCAGUAUCACAACCAGGAUGUUGAUAUUGAUACAAACUACAGAACAGUUUCAUUACCACAAAAAUCCAUCAAAUUGCCUUCAUAUAACCAAGUCCCUUUCUGUCUCGUUCCCACCUCCUGUUUAAACCAUGGCAAUCUGGGACUUCCCUGGCUGUCCAGUGGUUAAGACACCAGGCUUCCACUGCAGGGGGCACAGGUUGGAUCCCUGGUUGGGGAACUAAGAUCCUGCAUGCCAAGCGAGUGGGGCGGGGGGGAAAAACAAAAAACCCUUGGCAAUCAUUAAUCUGUUCUCUAUUUUUAUAGUUUUGUCAUUUAAAAAUGUUAUAUUAACGGAACCAUGCAGUAUAGAAAUUUUCGGGAUUGAUUUUUUUUUUUAACUCGGCAUAAUUCUCUGUAAUUCAUCCAGGUUGUUGUGUGUACAAUAAUUUGUUCCUUUCUGACAGCUGAAUAGAAUUUCAUGCCAUGGAUGC